GGGCUGCUCCGGUAGGUUUGGCGUGCGUGAGUGUCUGCGGAUGUAGGGCAAGCUUCCACGCUACACCACCAAUGCAUCUCUCCUUGCUUGCUUAAGUUACUGUCACUUAGACCUCUAUUGCAGAAAUCGCCGUAGGCUCUUAAGGGCCGCGGAAUCGGGACGACCUUGGUGACUGAUUUGCAAACUCCGCAGGUCUGCGUGCAUGAAUUGGACGCAGACGUGGGUGGUAGGAGAUUUCAUUUUUCCCAGCUUUGCAGCUACUCUUUAGCCCCACUAGGUUUUUCAGAACGGGCCUCCCAGCUUCGACUGGAAGCUGAGCGAUGAAUACUCAGAAAAGAUUAAUCUUUAAUGGUGAGACGUUCAGAGGAGCAAGAUUAGCUACAUGAUUACGCCUACAGCCCUAUAGAGAUUGGUUCCUCUGUCUUCCCCUCACAGUCGUGGCCUGUUAACUUUCCUGUGGUGUUUAGUGCCAAAAUGAGUGACCGCUAUUUAGAACAAAGGAUUAGUAUCAAAUUUUGUGUGAAAUUGAACAAGUCUGCAAGUGAGACCCAUCAUCUUUUAAAAGAAGCUUAUGGAGAUGAAGUCAUGUCAAGAGCUAGAGUUUUUGACUGGCACAAAAGGUUUAAAGAAGGGCGGGAAGAUGUUCGAGAUGAUGCCCGAAGUGGUCGUCCAGUCACUCACCGGACGGAUGAGAAUAUCCGGAAGGUCAAGGACUUGGUUUGUUCAAACAGGCAGUUAACAGUGAGAAUGAUGGCUGAAGAAUUAAAUUUAGAUAAAGAAACUGUUAGACGAAUUCUGAAAGAAAACUUGAACAUGAGGAAAGUUUCCGGAAAAGUUACAUCAGGCGUUUUGAAAGAUGAAUCUAAACCUCAAAAACUUGACUUUCGGUCUGUUCUUUCAAAAGAAACUAGGAAAAAUAGCUUAUGUGUGAGGAAGAAAGUACCAACUUCUGAAACAUGGAGUCAUCUCCAGGGUGAAGCUGGUGGGGAAAUGCCUCUGCCUGUGUCCCAUCCCAGAAUCCACUGCCCUGCCAGCCAGCUUCUGCAGGCUUCAUCUUCAACAAGCCCUCCCACCAGGGUAGCCCAGGACUGGGUCACACCCUGGUGAAAGGAAAGUGAGAUAGCUGAACCUGAACUAGGAAGCUGCCUCACUGUUAGACACCAUCUUUUGCUGCUCAUCUAUCUUCCGUCUUCACCAACACUCCUACCUAUGGGUCAUGGCCCUCCCAGUUAUUCUUUGCUGGACUAUUGGGCCAUCUUCCUUGCUGUCCUCCACACCUUUGAAGAACU